UUAUCUUAUAAGUUUCCAAAGAGUAUGUGGUUACCACUGGUAUAUUUUUGACACUAUAAAUAUUAAAUACAGCUGGGUUUAUUUAAGUUACCUAAAUUCCUUAGACACAAUUAAAGUUUACCACAAAUUCCUCUAUAUUUUUACGUAAAUUCAUCGAAAAACGUCUAUACAGGUACCAGGAGCGCAUAGCAACGUAGUACUUUAAAAAUCACUCGGCACCCGAUGCGUAUUCGAAAACGUAGAAAACGAGCGAUCGCGGGCUCCGUCAGACUCCUCAUUAACCCAGAAAGUGGUGGCCGUCGACUCCAAGCAAACCAGUGAAAGACGAUGAAAACUAGUAUACAAGAUAUAUUAGCUAGUGUCGAUGCGGAGGCAAGCUCAGUACCGACGCGACCGCGGACGGGACCGCACGUGAUUGCACUCGACAGUUACGAUCGAGUUAGCGUUCCAAAUUUGAAUAUUGCUGGUUGGCUGUGUUUGUGUGUUGACGGGUGCAUUGUGAAUUAUUUUGAGAAUCACGAGAUGGACGCCUGACUUUCUUUGUGCAGUGUUUCUUAAAUAUUGAAGUUAUUGUUAUAAAUAAAAAAGUGUUUACUUGUGUUUAAGUGUUAAAAAAAGACAAAAUGGAGGCUAAAACGCAUAUACUAGCAGCAGCAGCGCUUCUUGUAAUUGCCGCUUCAUGGUGCGAAGGUGCUCGGGACGCCACGUGCCCAAGGAUCUGUGGACCGUCGCUACAGAGCGAGCCAGUCUGCGCGACCGACGGAUACAUUUACCCCUCACUCUGUGAGAUGAGGAAGAAGACUUGUGGAAAAGGAGUCAGGCUAGCUCCAGAUCAGACGUCAUGCUCCCGCGCACAAGGUUCUAAGUGCGAACACAGAUGUACUUCCGAAAGGGAUCCCGUCUGCGGAACAAAUGGAAGGACCUACCUCAACAGGUGUAUGCUGCAGGUUGAGAUCUGCCGAGUUGGCAUCGGUUUAUCCCACUUGGGGGCGUGUAACAACAUCAGCGCUCACCGAGAGAACUGCCCCGUGGACUGUUCCCAAGCCCCUCUCGAUGGCCCCAUCUGUGGGUCUGACGGCAAUGUGUACAAGAGCACCUGCCAGAUGAAACUCCUUACUUGCGGACAAGGCGUUGUACGAACGAACAAAAAGCAUUGUCAAACAACUCGGCACUGCAGGGAGUCGUGUUGGCGCGUCGCCAGGCCGACCUGUGGCUCUGACGGAAAACUGUACGCCAACGCUUGUAGGAUGAAGGCAAGCAACUGCGGUAAACACGUAUUCGAAGUACCGAUGGCGUUCUGCGUGUCUCAAGAGCGGACUUCAGGUGGAGAGUCAUGUCCCAAAGACUGCAUCGGUCAGAAGGAGAAGCUGGUCUGCGGCUCCGACGAGAUGGUGUACAGGAACGAGUGUGAGAUGAAGAUGCUGAACUGCGGAAGCGUCAGCAACCGCAAGAUAGUCAAGAAGGUCGAUAUGGAGAAGUGUCGUGGCAAGAUGAACAGGUGCAUGAAGGUCAAGUGUCCCGCUGACCUUGACCCCGUCUGCGGUACCGACCAGAAAGUGUACACCAACCCUUGCUUCUUGAAGGUCGCUACUUGUCUCAAGGGCAUCCAACUCGCUCACUUUGGCAACUGCACCCUGCUACCGCGUUUCAAGGAAGAUUGCCCUGAUAACUGCGAGAAUGUCGUUGAACAACCAGUCUGCGGUUCUGAUGGAAAUGUUUAUAAGUCUGAGUGCGAGCUCCGUCGCGCGACGUGCGGGCAGCACGUGGUGGCGGUGGCGGCGGCGCACUGCCGCACCACGGCGCUGUGCCACGAGGCCUGCCCCGACACGCCCGCCUUCAUCUGCGGCUCCGACAACCGCUUCUACAAGAACGAGUGCCUCAUGAAGAAGGAGAACUGCGGCAAGCACGUGUUCGUCGUCCCUCUGAAGCGUUGCCUGGCGCGCUUCCAGUACUCGGGCUGCGCUCGCGUCUGCUCGCCGGAGUACGACCCCGUCUGCGGUACUGACAACAAGACUUACUCAAACAAAUGCUUCUUGGAGAUGGAAAACUGCCGGUCUAGGAGCCUGGUACAAUUGAAACAUUUGGGCACAUGCACGGAACCCAUCGCCGAGGAGCCCAAGAACUAUCUUUAUCGAUAAGCUAAUCGAUAAAAAGUCAUAUCGAUACAUCGCUUUCUUUCCGUAAUCGUACUCUGGGAGGCGGAAUCCCACUUUAGUGCCAACUUUUUAUAAGUAAAAAAUAUAGAUACUGUAAAAUAAUUUAAGCGACCAAUCUUCUUCUUCCAAUAAUCGAUAAAUUUAAGUAUUACUCGAUCAUGGUUUAAUCGAUUUUAUGGAUAAGGGUUUCACACUAAACAAUCGCUUUCGUCUUCGUUUUGGGAAUCGUGAAAAUGUGGUAUUAGGAUUUUUCUGCUUCGUAUAACUUAGUGUGUCAUUCGUAUUACCAAGAAAACAAGAAUCGAUUAAACUAUGCAUAAAAGAAACUAGUUCAGUACAAAAAAAUUGAAAUCUAAUUCGGGAAAAAACAUCCGGACUUCAUCGCAUUUUCUUUAGAAUAAUUAGUGAUUUUAGAAUUAAUAUUUGACUGUUUAUUUAUUCUAUUUAUUAUCGCUACGUAGACUAAGAACACAUUUUUUGUAAAUAAUUAGCGAAUUUUUCAUUUCUCUCUAAGGAUUGAUGCAUUUAUAUGAAGACUUGUUUAUUUAAUAUGACAAUAAGGAAUUUUAAAUCGAAUUGAUCACUUUUGUAUCUACCGCCUAUACAUAAAACAUAUAAUAAUUCAUUUAUUUUCACAUUCAUAAACAAUCAAUGACAUAACACUAGGUUUACGUAUUUAUUUAAUUUUAGUGUAAUUGAAGAAAACCUAUACUUGUUAAUCAUUUGGAAUUGCAUUCAAUUUAUCUAAAAACAUUUAAUAUACUACAUUUCAAUAACAUUUUUAUACUCUAUACUCAUAAUCAGCAGUGUAUUGCCAAGUGUAAUAAGAAACCAUUAAAAUGAUUUUACAAU